AUGCCAGAGCUCGUGGUGACUGCUCUCUUGGCACCGUCACGCCUCACGCUGAAGUUGCUCCGCGCCUUGAUGUGGAGCCUGGUGUUCUCGGCGGCAUUGGUGGCCGCGGCCGUGUACAGCUGCAUCGCGCUGACCCACGUGCUGUGCCGGCCGCGGCGCGGCUGCUGCGGGCGCCCUCGGUGCGUCUUUCCAGCCUGCCUGAGCGACCCCUCGCUGGGUGAGCACGACUUCCUGACCCUCCAGAGCUCGGGCCUGCGCCUGCACUAUGUCUCCGCCGGACGCGGCAAUGGGCCCCUCAUGCUGUUUCUGCACGGCUUCCCAGAAAACUGGUUCUCCUGGCGCUACCAGCUCCGGGAGUUCCAGAGCCGCUUCCAUGUCGUGGCUGUGGACAUGCGUGGCUACCGGCCCUCAGAUGCUCCUGGAGAUGUGGAUUGCUACACCACCGACCUGCUGAUGGUGGACAUCCAGGAUGUCAUCUUGGGCCUGGGUUACUCCAAGUGUGUGCUUGUGGGCCACGACUGGGGCGGGUUCCUGGCCUGGAAUUUCUCCAUCUACUACCCAGCACUGGUGGAGCGGCUGGUGGUGGCCAGCGCUGCCCCCAUGUCUGUGUACCAAGACUACUCCCUACGUCACAUCAGCCAGCUCUUCCGUUCCCACUAUAUGUUCCUAUUCCAGCUUCCUUGGCUGCCUGAGAAGUUGCUCUCCAUGUCUGACUUCCAGAUCCUGAAAACGAUCUUCACCCACUCCAAGACGGGUAUCCCACGUGUGACCCUCCAUGAGAUCGAGGCCUUCCUCUACAGCUUCACGCAGGCUGGUGGCCUCGUGGGGCCCCUCAACUACUACCGGAACAUCUUCAGAAACUUCCCCCUGGAGCCCCAAGAAUUGUCUACGCGCACACUGCUGCUAUGGGGGGAGAAGGACAUCUACUUGGAGCCGGGGCUGGUGGGUGCCGUUGGUAGCCGCUUCGUGCCGGGCCGGCUAGAGGCCCACAUCCUGCCAGACGUGGGGCACUGGGUCCCACAGAGCAACCCCGAAGAGAUGCAUCAGUACAUGUGGGCCUUCCUACGAGACCUACUGGACUAGCGAUCCUCUCUCACCUCACUCAUUGGCCUGCCUAGGCACACAGCACACAGACACUCAGGAGCACACACCUGUGGCAUCCAUGUGUGCAUGUGCCUGGGAUUCCACACAGUGUCCAUGCACACAGACACAGGAACACACACCGCAAUAUAUACAUGCUUGGGAGUCCACACAGCAUGCAUGCAUGUAUGUAGGCAGUCAAGAACACACACCCAUUUUGUGCAUGCACCUGGGAGUCCACACAAUGACAUCAUGCAAACACUCAGAAGCACACACUUGCUUCGUGUAUGAGUGUGCCUGGGAGUCCACACAACAUACAUGCACGUGGACACUCAGGAACACACACCUGCUGCAUGAGUGUGUGUGUCUGGGAGUCCUCCACUCAGUGUACAUGCACACACUCAGGAACAUACACUCGCAGCAUGUGUGUGUAUGUACCUGGGAGUUCACACAACAUGCGUGCACACAGACACUCAGGAAUACACACCUGUUGUGUGCAUGUGUGCACCUGAGAGUCCA